AUGCAGGUAAGAGUUGGAUUUAUUACUAUGCUAAUCAUAGGAGUGGAAAUUAGUAGAACUAUGAACAUACAAAAGAAAACCAAUGUAAUGUUUAUCAAAAAUACAUUCACAAAUACAAGUGACAUAAGUGGUUUAAGUAGCAGUAUGAAAAAAAAAAUAGAUGCACACUACAGGCCUAUGAAGAACCAAAUGAUUGGAUCCAAAAAAGUGGAGCAGGCUAUAGUACAGGUGGAUGAUGGGAGAACUGCCCAGCUUCUACAUCACGACAAUACUCUGCAUCAUACAUAUAUAAAUAAUAGAGAGGAAAAAAGAAAUUCAUAUGAAGAAGAUGCUAAAGAAAUUCUAGGAAAAGUGGCGAGCCAUGAGAACAACUAUAACAUAUAUUUGGAAAACAACAAGAUGGACGAAUACAUAUCCGAUGUAAAUGUAACGAAGGAAGAAAUGAAAAUGUUGUAUGAAGAUAUGCAUCUGGGAAGAAUGUUUGAAAAUUUAGUAGCCAAAUUGUACUAUAAUAAAAAAAUAAAUGGGUUCGUUCAUCUGUAUAAUGGACAAGAAGCCAUAAGUACAGGAAUCAUAAAAAAUUUAAGACCAUCAGAUUUUGUAACAAGUACAUAUAGAGACCAUGUUCAUGCGAUAAGCAAAAAUGUAGCACCAAAAAAAGUUUUAAAUGAAUUGUAUGGAAAUUAUUACGGAAGCACAAAUAGAGGCAAGGGGGGAUCCAUGCAUAUAUAUAGCAAAGAUCACAACUUCAUUGGAGGGUUCGGUUUUAUUGGAGAACAAAUUCCUAUAGCCGUUGGCUUGGCUUAUAGCAUUUUGUACAAACAAGAGUUUCCACCCCAAGGGGCAUAUUCAAACGGGGCAUAUUCAAACGGGGCAUAUUCAAACGGGGCAUAUUCAAACGGGGCAUAUUCAAACGGGGCAAAUUCAAACGGGGCAGAUUCAGGCGGGGCAAAUUCAAACGGGGCAGAUUCAGGCGGGGCAAAUUCAAACGGGGCAGAUGGAGCAAGCGCUAGUGUUACCAAAAAAAGCACCGAUGUAGAUGUGGUAGUCUGCUUUCUAGGGGAUGGCACCACGAACAUUGGGCAGUUCUUCGAAUCUCUAAAUCUGGCAUCUGUAUAUAAUUUGCCAAUCAUAUUCGUUAUAGAAAAUAAUAACUGGGCUAUAGGAAUGGAGGGAUCAAGGAGUUCAACAGAUGACAUUAUGAACAACUACGUCAAAGGAAAGUCUUUCAACUUAGACACCUAUAGAAUUGACGGGAAUGAUGUGUUAAGGAUAUACAAAUUGAUGAAAAAAAAGGUAAAAGAAAUGAGAAAAAGAGAGUGUGGACCUGUGCUUAUAGAAGCAAUUACUUAUAGAGCUAAAGGUCAUUCCCUUGCAGAUCCAGAUGAGCUUCGAGUACAGGAAGAAAAAUCAUCCUGGAAGAAAAGAGAUCCUCUUGUACAUUUAGCUAGCUACAUGAAAAAAAAUAACCUUGUCAAAGAAUCAUUCUUUGAAGAAAUAAAAAUAAAAACCAAAGAAAUGUUAAAAAAUGCUGAACUUGAUGCUGAUGAAAACUUAAAGAACAGCCAAAAUAUAAACGUAUGUCAUUUGUUGAAGCAAAAUAUUUUUGCUCCCUCAGAAAAAACUUCCUGCAUGCCUGAGUACAAGCAAUACACAAAGUUUGAUCACUUGACGGAUUCGGAACUUGCUGAAUAUUACGAAGCUCUUCAGAAGGAGAAGAUCAGAAAAAUGCAGAACAAAAAGGCCGACCCGUCCGAGUUCUUUACACGCAAGGCCCUCCCCCUUGUCAUUAACUAG